AUGAAAAUCCCAGAGCAGCAUCCUUGGAAGCGCCAACGGCUGCACAUUCUCACCAACAUCAAUGUGCACUGCAUCAACACCCUCCGAGAAUUUUUCAAGGAAGAGGAGAAAAGCAUUAAGGAUGGCUUGGAUGGCUGGCUUUCCAAAAGUUGGUUGUGCAGCCAAGUCAAAAGCCUGCUAAAAUCGUGUGGUGUUGUGAAGAAACAAGGCGAGUCCCUGAUCCAACUUGGGUCCCCGCAUGUCCUAUGUCGUGACCUGGAAACGGAACUGGAGAAGCUGGAGACCCUAACAAGCAAGCUCCUCCUUCAGAGUGAGAGGCGUGGGAUGGCUCUUGAGGAAAGUUUGGAAUUACACUCACAUCUGGACAAGGCCAAUGCAUGGUGUGCAGAAGGGGUUUCAUUGCUUGGGAGCUUGAAGCCAGAGCGCCUGUGGACACCGGAAUAUGCAGAGAAUCUUUUGGCUUCCAUUACACAGUUUCUGCAAUCCAGGGAAUCCACCUUCCCAGACGCCCAGCACAUUCCCCUCUCUUCCCUGGCUCUUGUCUCUCAGGUGGAGAGUCGGAUGGAGGACAUAAUGCGGAUGUGUGAGAAACGUGCAGAGGCAUUGGAAAGAGCCAAGUUGGUUCAUGCAUCACGGCCUGUCCAGGCUGUCUCCCCCGUCCCCCUCUCCCUUCUUCGAUCAAUUUCAGCCCCGUCUCAACCAUUGUCUUCCUCCCCUCUUCCUAGCAAUGAUGUGGUUGGUGUUCAGUUAUUGGGAGGGGUGGGUUUGGGCCUGCAUCGACGCUCUGCCCAGUCUUCCAGCACUAAGAGGCGCCAUGCUUUUCGGGAACUCAUGGACUCAGAACGUGUCUAUGUGGCUGAACUACAGAGUGUCAUCUUGGGCUAUCGAGAUGAGAUGGAGAACCCAGAGCUGAGCCAUCUCUUGUCCCCAGAGAUCAAGCACAAGUCCAGCAUCCUCUUUGGAAAUUUGGACCACAUCCACCGCUUCCACCAGGAUGUUUUUUUGCCCUGCCUGGAGGAAGCUGGAGGAAGCCUCCAUGAUGUUGGAUGCUGCUUCUUUGACAAGAAGGAGACAUUCCUCACCUUGUAUGUGCGCUACUGUCAAAACAAGCCCCUAUCAGAGGAGCUUUGGGGGAAAGUGGGUGGAGUUGGAGCGGGUGCAAACCCGUUCUUCUCUCAUUGCCAGAAGCAGCUGGGGCACAAGCUCCCUUUGGGAGCAUACCUCCUCAAGCCGGUCCAGCGCAUCACAAAAUACCAGUUGCUUCUCAAGGACCUCAUACAAUACUCAGAUGAGGGGGAUGAUGGUGUUGCCUCCCUCCAAGAUGCCCUGGAAACCAUGUUGACCAUCCUUAAGAGUGUGAAUGAUGCCAUGCAUCAGGUUGCCAUCUCUGGGUUCCCGGGUUCAUUGGCGGACCAGGGACGUCUGCUGAUGCAAGGUCCAUUCCUGGUGUGGCUGGAGACAGAGGGUAAGAGCUAUAAGAGGAAGGAGCGAUUAAAGGAACUCCAGCGACUCCAGAAACCCAAACCUCGUCAUGUCUUCCUCUUCAAACGUGCUGUUGUCCUCUGCAAGUCUUCCAUUUCCAAGGACUCAGAUCAUUCUGCUCUCCCAGCAUAUGACUUCAAGACCUACCUCAAUAUGUCAGAAGUGGGAUUGACAGAAACUGUGAAGGGGAAAGGUGAGGGGGAGAGCAGGAAGUUUGAGCUGUGGCUCUCAGGGCGGCAGGAAGUUUACGUCCUCCAAGCAUCCUCAACCGAGGCCAAGCAGGAGUGGAUUGGAGCAAUUAAGUCUGUUCUUAUGUCCCAGCUGGAGUCCCUUCGGGAGCAAAAGCUUCGUAAAGGACACUCUAUCACCGUCCCACUCCCCAUUCACAAUCAUGCUCCAUUUCUCAACCACUUUGUUGUCCACAAGUAUGGUGGGCUGAAAAUUGGUUCCCUUACAUUGACUCUGAAGGGAAUCACAUAUUCCAGAUCCCUGAAAGCAACAUCAUCCCUGGAGGGCCUGCAUACAUCCUCAACCAGUAGUGAGUCCUCUCCAGUGCAGCUGCGGGGAAAGAAAUCCUCCCAGUCUAUCCAUAAACGGGUAUCAGGAAGUGACCUGGAUGCCCUGAAAAAGCGAUCUUCUUUGCUCGAGGAGGACUCCUCCUCUCUCAGCCGUGAUGAUGCCUGGAGCCUUGGGAGCAGUGACAAUGAUAAUGAUACAUCCUCCUCUGAUCCAUCUGUGAAGAGAAGGAGUUUUGUGUGUCUGGGGGAUUAUGUGGGAUCAGAUGGCUCAGAGCUAUCCCUCAGGGAAGGAGAAGAGGUUGAGGUUGUCCGUCAUGGACCUGGCUCCUUCUGGCUGGUGCGCAACCCUGAUAUACGAUGUCAGAACGAGGAAUCCACAGAAGAGACGGCCAAACCUCCCAUGCGCAACACCCACCCGAUGCACGCACGUCACCAUUGGCUAGAAGUGCCAAUGGAUGAAGGCCAGUCCCCAGUGGGGGUGAGGACCCCCAACCUGAAUGACAUGUCAAAAGAAGAUCUCAUCAAGCGUUACAAGAAUGUACUUGUCAUUGCACAGAAGGCGAAGAAGAGCAAGGAUGAGAUUGCCAGUAGGGUGGAACCAUUGGAGCAAAAAAUCUCCUUCUUGGAACAAGAGCUUGUUGACAAGAAGAACUUAGAGGAAGAAUUGGAGAACAUGAAACAAAUCCUCAACCAGGAGAGAGGUUCCUUUGUUGAGGCAAGAGAAGCAUAUCAGAAGCAACUGGAGGACAUGAAGGCUGACAAGGGGCAGAUGGAAUCUGUCAUUCAACAGGCCCUGUCUGAUAAGGAAGAGCUCCACCUUCAGCUCCAGAAGCUUUCAGUACAAAGACAGGAGAUGGAAGAACAGCUGAAUGCCCAGAUCCAGGCCAGCACAGAGAAGCUUGAUUCGCUGGCACAAGAAAAGACAGAGCUCCUCCAGCAGUGGCAGAGCCUUACCUCACAGAAUGCAGACAAGCCAAGUCUCCAGUCUCAACUUGAGGAAUACCAGGGAAAGCUGAAGGAGUCCGAACUCAAGAACUCUGAGCUUCUAGCACAACUUAAAGAUCUUCAAGAUCAGAUUUCAAAAUCAGGGGGAGAAUUACUUUUGGCCAAGACAGUUGCAGAGGAAAAGGAAAGUGAAGUUGGUAGUCUUCAAUCUGCAUUAGCUGAUGCAGGAACAAAGCUCCAUGAGAAGAAUGAGGAAGUGACAACUUUAAAAUCAAGUUUAUUGGAAGUGAAGAUGAACCUUGAGAAGAAAGAAGUGGAACUCCAAUCAGCCACAGAAGAUGCAAAGCAACUCCUUGAAGAGAGAGACAAAGAACUUGAAAACUUGAAAUCAAACCUGGCAAAUCUCCAAGACCAGGCUUUACAGAAGAGUUCAGCCUGGGCAUUGCUUGAGCAGGAGCUGAAAAGCAAAGCUGAUGAAAAUGAUUCUUUGCGUGAAAAGUUGGAAGCAGCAGCACAGAAAAAGACACAGCUCUCCCAGAUGCUGGACAAGGUGGAUCAGGAAAAAAAAAAACUGGCCAAGGAACUACAGGAAACAUUGCCAAAUAUGGCAAGCUUGGAGGAGGAGAGGCAGAUGGUGGAAAAACUAAAAUGUCAACAUGAGGAAGAGCGGGCAGAGUGGGCUAAGGAACAGAGUCAACUUGAAGGGAAUCUGAUGCGAUUGUCAGGGGAGGUUGAUCAGCAGCAACAGGAUCUCAUGGAAAGAGAGAGAAGGCAGGUUUCUGAGUGGCAGAAAGAAAAAGACACAUUGUGUGAAAAAUUGCAAUGCCUGGAAGAUGAGAAUGAGGUCCUCAGGAAGACCUGUGUGGAAAGGAACUCAUUGUCAGAAGGUUUGGAACAGAAUUUGCAGGGGCUGGAAAAAGCUUUAAUGGAAGAAAGGUUGAAAUGCAAGCAGCUGGAAGAAAUCAAGGUCAGCUUAGAGGACCAAUUGGCUGAACUUGAGCAGAGUCUCAGCUCUCAAGUAGAAACCAGGCAAAAACAGGAAGCAGAGUUCCUCACUGAAAAGGAGGUGCUGUCAUCAAAAAUUUGCAUCUUAGAAGCUGCACAGUCAGAGCAGGAUGCGCUCAGGGCUGAAUUGAAAGAGCUUGAGAUUAAGGUUGGUGAACAAACAAAGAUAAUAUCUGACCUGGAAUCUGCAAACAAUGCUCUUAAGUCAAAUUUGAAAGAACAUGAAAGUGCCAAUGAGGAGCUUUGUUCUAUUGAGCAAGAGAAUAUUGGCCUGAAGUCAAAGUUGGCUGGUGGAUUGAAUGAAUUGACAGCUUUGAAAUUGAAGGUUAGUGAACUGGAACAAGUUGUUCUGAGUUUAGAAUCACAGAAGAACACUCUGGAAUCUCACUUGGAAGAACUGGAAAGCGCAAAUGAAGAUGUUUCCAUAUUGAAACAAGAACAGUUGGAACUGGAGCAGAAACUUCAGCUGAGUGUGGAAUCUAUCAAGGUACUCAAUGAGCAAGCUUCUCUCCUGAAGUCCAAUGUGACAGAACUGGAGGAAGAAAGGGUGCAACUUACAUCCAAACUGGAAGUAGCUGAGAAACUGAAGUCUGAAGUUGAAACCACUACAUCCAAAUUAAAUCAGAGAGAGGCUGAGAUUGUUGAGCUUCAAUCAAGAUUAGUUGAGGAGCAGAAUUCUACAGAGCUGCUUCGUAAGCAGUCAGCAGAACAUCUAGAUGAAAUGAAGGGCAUGAAUGAAAUUAUUAAGCAGAGAGGGGAGAAAUUGGCCAAGCUGGAGGCUGACCUUGCCAAUCUGCAUGCAGAAAAUGCCACCUUGAAGUUGCAGGAAGGUGUAGAAAAGGAUCAUGCAGAUCUUGCAAAGCUGAAGGCAGAAAAUGAGGAGCUUCGUAUGAAGAUACAUGACCUCAUGCUUGCCUCAUCAAGAACUUUUGUUCACUCCUUUGUCAAAUAUUCACAUAACCAGUAUGUGGAGAACAUUGACUCUGCAAAUGUGAAUGAUAGUAGGGAGGAAGGGGAUGGAAAGGAAACAGAGACGAGUGAGUUCGCCAGCACGUCCACAUUUAGCCGCACUGAAGAGUCACAGCGCAUGAGAGAUGUCGAUGGCAGCCUUGAGGAAUACAAUCAAAAGUUGAAAGUGAUAGCAAUCAAGCAAAAGAAGAAGAUUGCUGACCUAACUUCACAGCUCAAUGCAUUCUUGGAGGAGAAACGACGACUAAAUAUGGAGCCCUCAGUGCCGAGCCAGGGGUUCCAGUCAGAGAUGGAUGCCCUGAGAGCCCAGCUGGAGAGGAGCCAGGUAGCAAAUGCAGUCUUAAAAAAAGAUAUGGAUGCAGCCAUUGAGUCUCACACAACUGCCAAGCAGGACCACAGUCAAUGUAUUGAAGAACGGGAUGCUGCUUUACUGGAAGUCAAGACUCUUACAGAGAAGCUGAAGGACAAGACAAAGGAUGCAGAGACACGGCUGAUCCACAACCAAGAGGAGGCAGGUCGCACAUCCAAGCGGGAAGCUGAACUUCGGGAAGAGCUGGAGCGGACGAAAGAGAAAUUGCGUGCAGCAGAACGGAAUGAAGCACGUGAGCAGCAGAAGUGUAAGGAGGCUUUGGAAAAGUUGGACCGUGCUCAACAGGAGGCCAAAAAGCACAGUGUCCUCAAUCUGGAAAUUGCUGACUAUGAGCGAACAAUUGCUGACCUCAGUGCUCGUCUAAAGGAUAAGGACAGAGUUGUUGGGGAACUGAAGGAAGAGAUAUCAUCAACAUCAGAACUUGUGACUGGUCUCAAGGAGCAGCUGCGGAUGGCUGCUGACCAAGAGGCCCAGGAGCGCCAACGUGCUGAACACCUCAAGAGUCAGCUGGGAGCUGUGCGGGAGCAAUUGGCAACAUCCCGCAAAAAAGAGGCAGAAAACAUGGCCAUCAAGUCCCAGCUGGAAUCUCAGGUGGAGUUGCUGACACAACAGGUGGAAGCAGGGAAGCUGGAGAUGUCAGAGGUCCUGGCCACUAAGGAGCGUCUCCUUGAAUCCACAACCAUUGGCCAGGAAUCUCUCAAGAAACAAGUGUCAGUCCUGGAGAGUCAACUGAGCACAGCCAAUCAGGAAUGCUUGGAGAUGAAAUCGGAGUUAUUGAAGGUGCAGACCGAAUUUGAGAGCUACAAGGUGCGGGCACAGAGUGUCUUCAAGCAGCAGAAGUCCCGGUCCUCUGUACGGGAAGAGAUGCAGGCAGAACGAGAGCAGCUUCAGGCCCAGUUCAACAAGCAGAUCCAGGCAUUGCGGACACGCAACCAAGAACUUGAGGAGAAGAUGAAGACAUUGAUGGUUGAGAAGAAGACACAAGAAGAAGCAAAUGCCCUUCUGGAGCAGACAAAAUUGGAACUGGAGGAGACUCUGCACACGAGGGAGGGUGAGACACAAUGCGAGAUGCAAGACCUGCGAACACAAUUGCAGGGCCUACGGGAUUCCCUGACCGAGGCCCGUACUCAAAACUCCAUCCUCACUACUAGCUACCAGGAUGAGUUGGAGAAGCAGCGGCAAGUGCGAGACAGUAUGGAGAAGACCCUGCGGCACCAAAUAGCUGAGUUGGAGCAGGAGACGGUGCGACUACGUGGUGAGCGAGAUGCAGCCCAGCAGGAAGCAGCCCGAGAGCAGGCCAAACUCCAAGAGGAGCUCCGAAUUGACAUCUCCAAUACCCCUCGGGAAGAAGGAGAGGGUUCCCCACAAAAUGGGGCAGCAUGUUGGGCCAACCCUCUUUCCCCUCUGCUUGACCCUGCCCCAUCCUUCAUAGAGGUACAUCCCUACCUCCAGGAAAGUCACCAGGCCAACAUAGCCGUGGCGUUCAACGUGUUAAAGGCAUUGAAUGCGAAUAUGGCCAUAGGUGGGGGCGGUCGUCAUCCCCCCCGCACCCUGGAUCCGCCUCUGGCUGGCCAUGGAUCAGAAUCGGUCGACCUGGUGAGCCCCUCAACUGGCACCUACACAUAUAACCGGGAUAUGAUUCCCUUGGAGCAACUCCUCAGCAAUGGGGAAGACCCCUCCUCUCCCAGCCCACGCAUGCAGUCACCGACAGCCCAGGACCUGGAGGGGCUCAGGACCCAGCUGAGCAAUGAGGCACGGCGAGCACGCCACCUGGCACUCCUGCUUAAUGAGUCAGAGGCAAACAAUGCCAAACUGUCGCAACUGUCUGAUGCUUUGAAGGAAGAGAUUAGGCGCCGGGAACGCAAUGAAGAGCGCAAGGAGCACCUGGAGCACCUUGAGUACCUCAAAAACAUCAUCCUUAAAUUCCUGUUGUUGUCUUCGGGUGAUGAGCGGAUGCGCUUGGUCCCAGUCCUGACCACGAUGCUUCGUCUCAGCCCAGCUGAGACCAGCCAACUCAACACUGUGGCCCAAGGAGGGGACCAGGAACAGUCGCCUCGUGCCGGAUGGGGCCAGUAUCUUGGACUUUGGAGCGGUGGGGAAUGAUGCAACAUGACUGCAAAGUCACUUUUCCAAGAUAGACUUUCCAUAACUCAACUAGUGGCACCUGUAUCUGUGAUUUACUGGACGUUGGCAACAUUCGAUGGUGGCGGGGAUUGCCAGAGUGGGAUUCAGAGCAAAAUCUUUCCCAUGCCUUGUGAUUCAUUGGGGUUCUUUGAUCUUCAUCAAAUCUAUUGCCUGUUAAGUUAUUGCACGCCAUUUCUUCAGUUUUAUUGUGUUCUGUCUCAGCAAAAGAAGCUUCCCUCGCAUAAAGGA